GUUUCCAUUCCAAGUUUUGUCGAGCUCAUAGGUAGGAAAAGAGAAACAUCUUUUCGUUGAAAAUUUGCUAGAAUCUGUAUUGAUUGUGAAAGUAAAUGCAAUAGGCUUGGAGAUGAAAUACUACAGUCCCGUCUUGUGAAAGUAAAUGCAAUAGGCUUGUAAAACCAUUUUCUUUACCAAAACCUUUACUUCCCCUAUAUGGUUCUUGUGCCGCCGUGGGCCGUGGCCGAAGAGAUGCUCUUUUGGAGUUUAAAGCCUUUUGGAUGAUAUCUCUUUUAAGUUAAUAACAAGUUGAUUUUUGAGGAAAUACAUAAGUUGCGAGCUGAUGGGUCUAAGCCAGUUCCAAGGAAACCAAAUCAAAUGAAGAAAAGGGGUCGUGCUAACAAAAACAGGAAUUGAAAAAGCAGCUAAAGAAAACAAAGAAUCCAGAAGAGGCCAACAAAUUGAAGAACGAGUUAACUUAUGUUGAGAAAAUGUUGAAAUAUGAACCAUCAACAAAGAACAAGGGAGCAGCGAUACUAACAGAACACAAAAAGAGAGAACGAGAAGCCGCAAAAGAAGGGAAAAAGCCUUACUAUCUCAAAAAAUCGAAAAUCCGAAAGCAAACACUCGUCGAAAAGUACAACAGUCUCAAGGAAUCUGGGAAGCUUUCAUCGUAUCUUGACAAACGGAGGAAGAAGAAUGCAACUAAGUAUCAUAGGUGUGGUCCUUGCAAAGUGAUUGCUCCCAAAUACAAAGAGCUAUCUGAGAAGUACCAGGAUAUGGUGUUUCUUAAGCUUGACUGCAACCAAGACAACAAGGUCUGGUUCGAUCAUCCAACAAUGGAUGUAGAGCCUUCACGACAAUACUAAUGUUUGGUCUGAAAUCAGUUUUGUAUUGUACACAAAAAUCAGCAACUGCAGGUAAGGCAUUAUCAACAAAAAAUGAUCAAACACGAAACUGCCGUUCGUGUCAUGCAUUAGUUUGAUUCCAUGAAUAUACAAUUUUCUCGUUCGCGAAUAUAGAAAACGAGUACGACAGUUUGUAUAUUCAUAAGCUAUUAUCAACAAAAAAAAUGAUCAAACACGAAACUGUUGGAUCAACCAAGACUGGUUCUAUGUCCUAACCAUUAAUUCUAACUAAGAUAGUGCCUACUCAAUUUAUCUUGUCUCACGUGAUACUUUACGUUAGAAAAUCUCAAUUGUGUGCUCGAGAUCUAAUCUUUUGUAUAGAGUUAUGUCUUUUUAUUGACUUCUGCUUUUUGCUUAUUUGUUUAGCAAAAGUAAACACAAGUUUAUUUAAAAUGCAAUCUAACCUAUGCAAUCUAAUUUUAUUUAUUUCAAAAUAAACACCAUAUAAAAUUAACCUGAAAAAA